UGGUGUGACGUGAAAACGCAGUCUGGUGUUUGUGACUUGUGAUAUGGAAAUGGGAGUGCUCGCAAAAACAAGGGUCUGUGUUUGAGGAUUUCUUAAGUAAGACUUACAUAGAAAGAGGACGACACCGAUAACAGGCGGCUGGACACUCUCACAGCAGCUAACACACCUAAUGAAAUGCAGCACUUGGUAGGAUGAUCAGGAAUCACGAAGAAGAUGAAUUUGUUGCAGUGCGGGUCCAAGAUCCUCGCAUUCAGAAUGAAGCUUCCUGGAAUUCAUACGUGGAUUAUAAGAUAUUCUUACAUACCAACAGUAAAGCCUUCACCGCCAAGACGUCAUGUGUGCGGCGGCGCUAUAGCGAGUUUGCCUGGCUGAAGAAGAAGCUGCAGAAGAACGCUGGUUUGGUGCCAAUCCCAGACCUUCCAGGAAAAUCCUUCUUCUCCUUCUGCAAUGAGGACUUUCUGGAGAGGAGAAGAAAAGGACUGCAGGUCUUCCUGGACAAAGUGGUGCACAUGACAGUCUGUCUAUCAGACAGCCAGCUCCACCUGUUCCUGCAGACCCAGCUUCCGGUCGGUCACAUCCAGGACUGUAUUCAGGGCCACACUCCCUACUCUGUAACGGAUGCCAUCCUCACCUAUGCCUCAUCCAAUCAGGGCUUGGUUCAGGCUCAGGAGGACGAUUCCAUCAAGGAGCCAAGUUUGACCAUUUCUUACGAGUCCAUGGAAAGCCCAGCUCCUCAUCAACCUUACCUACAAACUAAAGGGACCUUCAGCCCUGAGCUCUUGCCAUGUGGCGACCCCGACCCUCUUGAGGAUUUACUGGAGCUCUGUGUUGACAACAGAGUUGGGUUACAGCACAAGGAGAAAUCCUCAGUAAGAAGCUCCAAGAAGGACAACCAUCUAGAGGCUGUUGCUGAGUGUGACUGUGGCCUGUCAAACGUAACCUUUUUUCUGGGUGAUGACCAAGAUGAACCCGAAAGCCUCAGCCUUGCAGAACAGAACCAGAAGAUGAGCUGUCGCAUACAGACACCAGUGGAGGUGCACUCACCCAUGGAGGAAAAGGAGAGCAUUAUGACAUUAGAUACAGAAGAAAAGACUGUUGCUCAAUCAGAAGGAAAUCAGUUGGACAGCCCUGGAGAAGCAAAAACUGAAAAGGUUAUCUGUGAGCCUGGAAAAUGUGUGAAUGCAGUAGCCACUUUAGAUUUUAAGGACAAUGACUCUGAAGAACAGGUUGUAGAAAGUGAAGCCAGAUCACAGGAGGAAUUUCUGGAAGGCUGCUCUGAAAGGCAGGUUUUAGAAAAUCACGUCAUCACUGAGGUCAACUGUCGCAAAAAUGUUGAUAGCAGCAAGGGUCACAUGGCAGAUGUCAAAAGUCUGAAAGAUCCUGAAAUCUCAGACAGACAAAGACAGCCAGACAGUGAUGAAUGUGGAAGCACAGAGGAGACGCCUCUUCAGUCUCAAGUCCAUGAUGAGACUCACAACAUGAAGAAUGUCUCAGGGGUGGAAAGUAGUGGCAACGACACUGUGCAAGAAAUGGCUCAGGAACAGGAAAUGGAUUUGGUUGGGACCAUAGAUGAGAGCAACGAGGACAGCCAGCCACUGCUGUCUUCAGGUGAAAGCAUCAUCAAGGUCAGUGAUGAAGAAAGGAUCAGUGUCGAGAUUCAGGCUCCAAACGGCUACGUGCAGACUUCUCCUGUGGAGGGUGAACCCUGGUCAGAUGUUGAGGCUUCCAGAGGGAACACUGUGGACCUACAGAUGAAUGGAUGCCCUGUGGAAAAUGACAAUUCUGCCUAUGAGGAGGAGGAGGAGGAGGAGGAGGAGGACCCAUCGUACAUGACCUCUCUGAAACUUAACUCAACUGUGGCUGGUGGAGAUUUGACUGCAAGUAGUGACUUCUUGGAGAGCAAAUAUGUUCCUCCACCCAAGUGUGCAGAGCGGGAGAGCCUGUCAUCAUUGUCUCUGGACGCCUCAGAAGAGACUCACGAGGUGGAGGUGCAUUAGCUUAUCAGCUGAGGCACUUCCAUGAGAGCGUGCAGCCCCUGUAAAGGCUGUUGACCCUCUCCGAGCCAGAACAAUGGAUGAUGGGAACUGCUCUCUGCCAAAGACAUGCACAUUAUCAAGAUACUUACUUCUUGUGUUGUACUCAUUAUAAUACUGUCUUUACAGUGUACGUGCAUUGAAGUGAACUUCUGGUUGCUGUAAUUGUUCCUACUGUACCUGCUUCCUGAUGUGUAAUGGAGAUGGUCCUCAUUUCAGUCAGAAAUGCUUCAUGAAGGUCAGUUGACACCAGUAUGAGGCUUCAGCAGUGAGUGGGUUUCUUCCAGAUUUAGUGUAUUUAGUACCAGCUUCAGUUACUCACAGGCAGUAUGGACAAGGAGGAACUAUUUUAAAUUUUUUUUAACAUUUGCAUUUUCUUUUAAAGUGUCUUAAUUUAUAACGUCCUGAACGAGAAAAACAUGAGCUGCACCUUUAGAACAACACCAAUUUACAUACACUAAAGUUUAUCGGAGAGUCUGCUUUGUUUGUGGCCUGACCUCCAUACACUACUGCUGCUUGUGAUUCUUAUUCAUUGUGCUGCAUUUAAAAGGGAGUCAGAGUUUACUGUGCCAUUUUACACAGAUGAAGGUUUGCACAUUUUUAUUUUGUGUAGCAGAGCUCGCAGCACAGCAGAGGGUCUCUCACUGCCAUGGGAUCUACUAUAACAAAAGCUGACUGGGUUUUGCCAGCUUUCUACAC